CACACAGUCAUUCUCUCUAUUAUUCUGAGUCAGCCAGCGGUGUUGUUUGUGUGUGGGGUCGCAGUGGCGGCCUGUCAGAGAGCGAUCUCCUCCCCAUGGCCUGUCACCCCGCCGGCUCUGGCUCCUACACCGUGGUCAUCAUCCCGCUCAGGAGCAGCCUCCACAGCCUGGACGCGCUCCGCUUCUACCUAUGGGUUAAGCGUAUGAAGGAUCUGGAGAGGGAGAAGGACGCCCUGUGGUGCGGCCUGGAGAUUCUGGAGAAGGCCCGCUUCUGGUACCUCCAGCGGCUGGACGAGAACCGAGCUCGACAGGACAGCAUGGAGAGCAAGAGUGGGGCCGUGUCCUUCCAGGAGGGCGCCGCGGAGGCUCGAUCAUGCCUGCUCAGGUCUCGUAUCCAGCGGGCGAACGGUUCCCUGGGCUCAGUUAUGUGUGAACCGAACGUCACGAGCAGCAGCGGCCCGUCGCUGCCUGAGGCGGAGGCCGACAGUGACCUCCGCUGGCACAACUCAGUCCUCACCCAGAAAGUGAGCGACAAGAACCGUCGGAUCUCCCUCCUCGAGCGGGAAAAAGACGCCCUCCUGAAUGAACUGCAGGCCUGUUGACUCCCCGAACGCACAUAUGCACAAUAAUGCAGUAUAUUUCAGUGGACGGCACACAGCUGGAAGCACUCAGCCACUUGUAAAUAUGUAUUUAAGAGAUUAAAUUGUGUUUUUAUUGCA